AUGACAAAGCUUUCUACGCCUGACCAGACAGAGUAUAGAUUCCAGUUUGAAAAGAUUGCAAAUCCAGGAGAUCAGAUCAUCCCAAUUGAAGAAAUUUUAAAUAACCGCGAACCGUCGGACAGUGUAGCUUUGCGAGCCAAGGCAAUUUACGUUGCCGAAACCACGGUCGUCGGAGCAAAAAAUUUAAAGUUGGCUCAAGCAAUUUUCGCAGACAGCUCGGGUAAAAUUCGGGUCGAUCUGUGGGAGAACCAAAUUCCUCUGAUACAAGCUGGGCAAAUGUUCACUAUAACGGAAUUGCAAGUUCGUGAGUGGUCGGGCGAAAAAAAAGUGAGUACGACUGUAAAAAGUGUUAUUAAGUCAAUAACUGACGAGGCUCUUGAGAAGAUCACCGUAUCAGAGGCAGAGAUUGAGACCAUUGCCGAAAAGGUUAUUAACGUUCCAUUCAUUGAUAUGGUCAAAUCAGUAAAUAUGUCCAUCCUUUGCUCAAAUUGCUCAAAGAAGAUCCUGCAGGCUACAGCGAAUAAUAUUGUGCGCUGCGACAGAUGUGGUUGCAGAAUGAGGCUUGUAAGUUGCAAAAAGCAAUUGUCUGUUCAAGUUCUUGUGAAACCUAUUGAUGGUGGCGCAAUCGAACUGUUAAUUUUCCAGGAUUCUUUAAAGAACAUUAUAAACUCUCUGGAUACAUUAAACGAGGACCAAGUGGCAGAAAGUUUGUUAGCGUUAGAUAACCUUCAAAUCAAAUACGACCCAACAAAAAUGAUUGUUACGAAGUUUUUGUAA